AGCCGACUCCGCCCCCACUCUGCGCGCACUGGCCCGUCAGUGGUGCUGUUGCUACUUUAUUGGCAAGGGAGCGCAACCAACUCGUCCUGAAUUGAUAUUAGACGCUAGAUUGAUUGAAUUAAACCUUUAAAUUUUUAGAUGGCAUUUUAUAUUUCAUGGUGAAUGUCUUUAAUUUUGGCACUUUCGCUCCUCCGUACUCCCCAAUGUAGCCGCCAUGGAGUUUUAUCGUUUACCGGAGUUGCGACAGCAUGCUGUCAUAAAUGGUAUCUGUAUUUAUGAGAUUAACCCUUUUUCAUUUGCAUUGUAUUUAUUUAUUCACUAAUCGGAUGACAUUUCAACAAAGCUGAGUCAAUUAAUUUUACGAAGAUAAAUGGAUAAACUGAGGAAACAGAAUGACGAUUAUGUCAUCAAGACGCGCAGCGUGUGGCUGAAAGGUAUGAGGUGUGCUUGUUUUCUUUACGUGUGCUUGAGUGCCUUUGAUUGAGUGCUUUUGCUAAGCAUGCGGACCUUUUCAGCACACUUACAACAACAACAAACGUGCUACUGGAUGUCUGACCCAAUCGGGUCCCGGUGAAUGGGACCGAACACGCACAACAUGUUUAGAAGCACUUUUCAAGGUGGAUUUCUAUCUAUAUUAUACAGCAUCGGCAGCAAACCUCUUCAGAUAUGGGAUAUAAAGGUGAAGAAUGGUCAUAUUAAACGAGUUACAGACAAUGACAUCAACUCUCUGGUGUUGGAGGUGGAGGGUUCAAAUGUCAGUACCAACUACAUCACAUGUCCCGCUGACCCGAGGCAGACACUUGGCAUCAAAAUGCCGUUUCUGGUGAUGAUCGUCAAGAAGACCAGGAAAUAUUUCAGCUUUGAAGUCCAGGUCUUAGACGAUCAGAAUUUACGCCGGAGGUUUCGGGCAAGUAAUCACCACAGCAAGACGCAAGUGAAUUCAUUUAUGUGCACAAUGCCAAUUAGUGUUGAUGACCGCUGGAACCAGUUUCAAUUCAACUUGGUAGACAUCACCAGGAGGGCCUAUGGGACCAGUUAUGUAGAGACGCAGCGUGUGCAGAUUCAUGCAAAUUGUCGUAUUCGGAGGGUAUAUUUCACCGAUAAACAGUACACUGAGGAUGAGCUCCCACCCGAGUUUAAGCUGGUUAUUCCUGUCAAGAGACAGGACGCAAGCAAAAAGGGAGGUCCUCGACCUGCUCCACCUCGACCGACCUGAACCAAGUUUGAGCACAACUAUUUGUGUGUGUAGCCGUUAGUUUAACUUUGAACAUCUAUUAUAUUCAAAGUUGAAAAUGUUUCUUUUUAGUUGUGUCUUUUCCUAUUUUUUUUAAACAAAUUCCACUUCUUUAUUGUUUGAUUUAUUUACAUUACGAAUCAAUGUAAUACAAGUGUUAAUCAUAAUACUGGAAACUCGUUGUGUAAUGUCAGCUUUUUGACAAAUUAUUUACUAAAAUGAAGUUCUCACCUCA